CCGGCUCCUACACCGUUUCACUCACUCACUCACUCAGACUCAGACACAGCCGCACUGUGUGUACAGUCAGUCUAACUGUGCGCUCGUGUGACCGCCUGUCUCUGAUUCCGUCACCACCACCACGCGUUGACGACUCACGCUGAAAGCUCCGCGCGCGUUCGCCAACUCCGAAAACGAAUCGAAUCGCCGAAUGUAAACAAACAGCGACGCUGCGCUGACUCCGCUUUACGGUCACAUUUCCCCGAGCGCUGGUGAGAACACGCGCUCGACCGGCCGGUCAAAGCACUGGGUUCUGCCCAUCAGCGUUCAACAUUCUACGUGAUUUGUCGUUUCAUGAUAAGCAGUAAUAAUCUACUGAUAGAAGUGACUUGUGAUUCUGGACCAGUCCUGUGGUCAAAUCCAUGAACAGGGAGGUACUGAGGAACACAGCAGUAAGUUUACGCAGGUGAAAAAAUGGAAGUCGCUGUGCCGGAAGAGCCUCAGAAGAAGAUUUUCCGUGCCCGGAAAACUAUGAAAAUGAGUGACCGUCAACAGCUGGAAGCGCUCCACAGCACCUUGUCCAAUGUGGCCUCCAACUCUUCGUCUUCCCCCUCCUCUUCCUCACGGCCGCAAACACCGCUGGUGAAUGGAACCCACAUGGAGGAUGGACAGAAGGUGAAAGAGAAGGAAAAAGACUUGCAACGGCAGUCUCCCUCUCUCUCCGACUCUCGAUCGCCCUCACCUUCUUUGAAGAAAGGGUCAGAGAAGGGCAAAAGUGAGGAGAAAAAAGGAGAGAGGAAGGACGAAAAGAAGACUGAGGAAGCAGACACCGACAAGAUGGAAACCUCUAAAUCUGACAGGAAUGGUGACCCGAAAAAGACUCCUGCAGACCAACUGUUCAAUGGAGAGACCGCCUCCAUGGAUACAGAUGGCGCCCCACUUGACAACGGUUCAGCAGAGGAAAAGGAGGAGAAAGGCAUCAAAAGCUCCUCGUCCUCUGCUUCUGGUUCUCCCGCUGCUGGCCUGGAAUGUGACCCGGAAGUGAAAGAGGGCUUCCUGUUUCUCAGUGAGGAAGAUGAGGGCCAGGGAGAGCGGGAUGAAGUGAAAGAGAAGAGCGAGGACAAGAUGGAUCUGGAUGCUGUGAAAGACGAGAAGAAGGAGACAGAGGGUGCGCAAGGAUGUAAAGCUGCAGAUGGCACAGGUAAUGUCACUCCCGCAGCUAAGAAGAGGUCAUUCUCGCCAGAAGGGGUUAAAGAUGGACGAAAAGAUGUAGAUAUUAAAGAGGAGAGAGAUGGGAAGAGAGCAAGGGUGGAGGGAGUGGAGCUUGAGGCCCAGCUGGAGCUGAAGAUCACAGCCAAAGCAGGCAGCCGCCUGAAACUUGAAAAGGUGGUGCAGCAGCUGGUGGAGGAUCGGUUGCGGGUGCUACAGCUGACCGUGUUUGACCACAAUCUCAAAGAGCUCAAGGACCGGGUGGAAAAGAUAGACUCUGUCACCAAACAGCAAAAUGCUCUUCAACACAUCAGCACGCUGCAGGCUAAGAUUUCACGACUGUCCAAGAAGUUUGGAGCUGCUAAUCAGGCAACAGAAAAUUCUAAAAAAGUUCAAGAGGCUGCUGCUGCAAAGGCCACUGCCACAACCAACACCAUCCAAGCAACUCAGCGCAUCGAAAGGACCACACUAGAUCCGAAGCAGCCCAAUGCUCCAGGGUCAACCAGCACUACAGCUACCCCAGCUCAGCUUAAACCUCUCUCCACUCCAACUACGCCAACAUCCUCUGCCUUGGCUGCUCCUGCCCCUAUCCUUCAAAUCCUCUCAACAACAACAGGCUCCACCCCUUCCUCCUCUACCUCUUCUCUGACCGGCCAGGCCCAGCCAGGCACUCUGCUGCUGCAGACCCGCCCUAACACAGGCGUCAUGAAUACAAACACGGCCACAUCAGGGGGCCAGUCCAUGUCCAUCCAGCCUUUGCUGAUUCAGCUGCCGCUGGCCAUGGCCAAUGGACAAGCAGGGACUUUAGCGGGGGGUGUUGGUCUGAUCCCAGUGUCUUCACUGGCCACAGUUAACAAUCUUAACAAAGCCAAGACCACCACAGCUACAACCACCAUCAUCCUGCAGAAGUCGGCGGGUAAUGUCGUCUCGUCUUCCUCACCAUCGUCAUCCUCCACAGCUCCGCAGAUGUCGUCAGGAAGGUCAAUGUAUCAGGGCGGUUCAGGGGCUGUGAGUUCACCCAGUGCCGCUGUUUCCGUGACAACUGCCCGCACACCAACGCAGUGUGCGGCUGUGGUGGGAGUGGCUACAGCCUCGUCGUCCCCGGCAACCACAGGCCCUGCAGCAACAGGUUCGGCUGCAGCCGCGACCUGUCCACCUUCUGCAUCUGCAAUGGCCUCUAAGACAGAUAAUCAAGCCUCUAACUCUACUCCAGCCAAAUCGCCUUCUCAGUCUGCUCGGCCCAAGAGUUCAUUCAUAGACCUGACUGAGGAUGAUGAUGAUGUGCAAGUGACAGGUGUGCAGAAGGCUACUGCUUCCUCUAUUACCACCUCUACCCAGAGACUCUCAGGGCCACCCCCGUUAGUCAGCUCCACCUCUGUUGCAGGUCGCUCCACAGUGCAGCAUCGACCCUCAGUGGACUUGCCUUCUAAAUCCCGUCCGGGCUCAUCCUCCUCGGCUCCUCUUCCUCCGUUGCCAUUAGCCCCAACUCCUCCUGCAAGGCUGCCUCCAGAGGCUGCCCACACCUCACCACCCCAGCAGCCGCAGUUGAAGCUGGCCCGUGUCCAGAGUCAGAACGGUAUUGUCCUGUCCUGGUGUGUAGCUGAAACGGAUCGCAACUGCGCAGCAGUGGAUAGCUACCACCUAUACGCUUACCAUCAGGACCACCAGGGGGCAGCAGCUGGUGGUGCAGCCUCAUCUCCGUCACUGUGGAAAAAGAUUGGCGAAGUGAAGGCACUCCCCCUGCCCAUGGCCUGCACUCUGACUCAGUUUGUGUCUGGUUCUACUUACUACUUCGCUGUGAGGGCUAAAGAUGUGUAUGGACGCUUUGGGCCAUUCUGUGAACCGCAGUGUACAGACGUCAUCAACCCGCCGUCCUCGGGCUCCUCUUGAGCUGGAUGAGUAGCUAAGGCUGGAGAAGAAGUUGGUGUAGUUGGCGUAAAGGACAAAUACACAAACAUUGGAAAAAAAUUGAAUGAUAACUGUACAUCAGACUGCUGGUUUAGUUAAGACCUUUCUGGUAUUAGAAAUGGUGCAAGUGGGGGAUGGGACAUUUCAAACAUGCAGUGUACACACACACGCACGCCCACACACACACACAUAUAUAUAUAUAUAUAUAUAUAUAUAUAUAUAUAUAUAUAUAUAUAUAUAUAUAUAUAUAUAUAUAUAUAUCUCACACAUACACUAAAACAGACUUGCAAACUAUUCAGUUUGACAUUAUUUUAAGGAAACGUUGGAGUUGGCAGUGUGAAUCCUCCCCUGAAAGGAAUUUUCCAUGUUUAGAAUGGUUGUACAGAGUUAAGUGUUGAACCAUUAGGUCAGAUAUUUAUACGUUGUAUUUGGUCUGUUAAUCUUUUUUCUUUUUUUUUUUAAAGGAUAAUUUUUUUUUUUAAUAAAAAGACAUUCAAUACAUUGCACGUAUGCUCCAUAAUAUGGCCUGGUUUCAAACUACAAAGAAAGACGUUGGUGGCAUUAAUGCUUUUGUAAUGUUCUGUCUGGUAACCAGACACCCUGAGAACAACGUUCAAAUAAAGGUAUUGACUUGAAAACAAAA